UUCUUUUCUGUCAAACGUACAUCAUAUUACUUCAAAAAAUUGCAAGCAAUUUCCAAAAAAUUUCACCUUCAGCUGGAAAAAUAUUGAGAUUUAGAUGGAGAUCCAAAUGUUAAAAGUAGAAGUUGAUCAAGAUGAGAUCAAAGAAUCAUUUUUCAGCUACAAUGCUCAGUACAUAGAUGGUGGAACAUUAACUUAUAAACCAAAUAUCGAAGCUGUUGAACAAUUUGUUGAAGGAAAUAAGGGAUCUGCUGAGACAAUAGAAACUCCAAAAAAAUAUGAAAAUGAGAUAUUAUCCGAUUUGAAAUCAAAUGAGACUUUCAAGGAGAUCAAUCCAAAGAAAUAUAACUGCGACUUUUGUGAUUUUGGUUCAGCCCGAAAUGUUAACCUUAAAAAACAUAUAGAUUCAAUUCAUAUGAACCUUAAAGAGCAUAUAGAAGCGGUUCAUUUGAAGUUGCGGAAGUAUAAAUGUGGAAAAUGUGAUUAUGCCACAGCAUAUAAAGGACACUUCAGUCGACAUAUUAAUUCAGCUCAUUUAAACUUGAAAAAACAUGAAUGUCACCUAUGUGAUUAUAGAUCAGUUCGAAAGUCAUCUCUCCAAGACCAUAUAGAAUGGAUUCAUUCAAAUAUAAAGAAAAAUAAGUGUCAUUUAUGUGACCAAGCAUAUGUUCAUAAAGGACACCUUAAAACUCAUAUAGACUCAGUCCAUUUAAACAUAAAGAAACACAAAUGCCACUUGUGUGACUAUGCAGCAGCCCAAAAACAUCGCAUUAAAAAACAUAUAGAAUCAGUUCAUUUAAAUUUGAAGCAACAUAAGUGUCACUUAUGCUAUUUUGCAUCUGAUCGAAUAAUGAACCUUAAGAAGCAUAUAGAUGCGGUUCAUUUGAAUUUGAGGAACUAUAAAUGUGAAAAAUGUGAUUAUGCUACAGCUUAUAAAGGAUACUUAAGUCAACAUAUGAAUUCAGCUCAUUUAAACUUAAAAAAACAUGAAUGUCACCUAUGUGAUUAUAGAUCAGUUCAGAAGAGAAGUCUUCAAGAGCAUAUAGAAUCGAUGCAUUUAAAUAUAAAGAAAAAUAAGUGCCACUUAUGUGACCAUGCAUUUGUUAGAAAAAUAAACCUUCAAGUUCAUAUAGACUCAGUCCAUUUAAACAUAAAGAAAUACAAAUGCCACUUGUGUGACUAUGCAACAUUUCGAAAAGAUUACCUUAAAAAACAUAUAGAAUUGAUUCAUUUUAAUUUAAAGAAACACAAAUGUCACUUAUGCGAGUAUAAUUGUAGUCGAAAGAUAGAUUUCAAAACUCAUUUGGAAUCUGUUCAUUCGGAAAUCAAAAAGCAUUAAGGUUACUUAUGAAUUGUAAAAUUGUAAUAAAUCCAUAUAUGACUAA